AAUAAUGGGAGGUGAGCUAGAGCUACGAAAACAAAAAAGAACAAAACAACACCAAGCAAAAAGACAAAGAAGAAGGGUACAAACGUAAAUCAACAAAAUCCCACAAAACACAAUUCUCUCCACUCUCCCCUACAUCUAUACACACUACUCGCUUCAUUAUUUCGCCACGUCAUCGACCGAUGACUCCCGACCUGCGUAACCAAAAGAUCUGAUUGGUUCCUUAUACGUGUACGGUAGAGAUUGUAGAAAACGAGCGUGUAUACGCGAGUAGAAGGACAUCUAAGGGAGUGUUUGGACUCGUUAGACCAUGCUCUUCUUUUAUCUCGAUUUACGACGCCGUUUCCGUUGUCUGCUCCACUGUUUUCUCUCUCUUAAGCUUGCCCGUAAAUAGACUCACACACGGACCGAAAACGAAACGAACCCUUUUCUCUCUCUCACCUUCUCUAAAUUUGAAUUUUUCCGAAUCUCAAAACGGGGUGUCGUUUUGACUUCCUCGUCCGUACAGAUACAACUAGCCAUGGCUUUCGUCUCCUUCGUUGGUAGAGUUCUCUUCGUCUCCGUCUUCGUUCUCUCCGCUUGGCAAGAGUUCAAUGACUUUGGUACUGAUGGUGGACCAGCGGCCAAAUCUUUGACUCCAAAAUUCCAUGCUUUCUCCAGUCACUUGUCAACGCACACUGGGGUCAAAGCUCCAGAAGUUGAGAUCAAGCACUUGGUGGCUGCGGCAAUUGCCUUGAAAGGACUUGGGAGUCUUCUUUUUAUAUUUGGCAGCUCAUUUGGAGCCUAUCUACUGCUUCUUCAUCAGGCAAUUGUUACGCCCAUAUUGUAUGAUUUCUAUAACUAUGAUGUUGAGAAAAAGGAAUUCGCUCAACUUUUCCCUAAGUUUACUCAGAAUUUGGCGUUGUUUGGGGCUUUGCUCUUCUACAUAGGCAUGAAGAAUUCCAUACCAAGGCGGCAACUGAGGAAAAAGGCUCCUAAAGCUAAAACUACAUGAGAAGGAACACUUGAUGUUCAAGUGUUCGGUUUCUUGACUCUUGCCUGAAAACAUCGUUCAGGAAUUACUUUUGUAUGCUUUGUAAUGUUAUGAAGAAUUUUUCAUUUUGAGAAAUAGGGAAAUCAGGGGAAAGGGGGGCUCUUUUACUUGUUUUGAAGUGUGUGAUUCCUUUUCGUAAUGGGCCAAUUUGUAGACACUGAAUUGAGUUUAGUUAAGUUCGAUGAUCCAUUGAUACCUUAA